AGGGUUCCCUAUAUUCCAUGCUAAUUAUCUGUUCACCCAAAUUCAACGUCCCAGAUUUCUUCCUCACCCACCUUUUCACCUCCUCAUCGUCCGAUCAAAGCCUUUCCCCUUCCCUAAAAUUAAUGACCCCAAAUCCAAAUCCCUAUUUGUUUCAAUUCACCCAAAUUCAACUUUGUCUGAUGCAAUUAUGAGAUUUUUCAGGCUUGUCUAGUUCAAUCUGUCUGACUGCCGUAAUCGACUUGCAAUCUGUUGACGUGAUCUUCAAAGUUAGAAUUGAAUUGAGGGUUUCAUUGUAAGGUUGCAGAUUUUAAGUGAUCAUUGAUUUGAAGGUAGUGUAAGAUAUGCGUAUAGAAGAAUUGGGUGGAGAAGAAGAGGGCUUGGAGAUUGCCGAGAGGCCUGAGGAGGAGGAGAAGGAGGCGGCGAAAUCAGCUGCUAGUGGUGAGGCUGUGCAUAAUGUUGGUGAUAGUGGUGGCGGCGGCGGCGGCGGCGGAGGAGAUAUUGUGUUGUGGAGUACAAAGAAGGUUUUAGUGGGAGCAGGGGCAAGGGCUUUAUUUUAUCCAACUUUGCUGUAUAAUGUUGUUAGGAAUAAAGUUCAGGCCGAAUUUCGGUGGUGGGAUUGGAUUGAUGAGUUUGUCUUGUUAGGUGCAGUUCCAUUCAGGUCUGAUGUCAUUGAGCUAAAGGAUCUUGGCAUUGGUGCAGUUGUCACUCUUAAUGAGCCAUAUGAAACUCUGGUCCCGACAUCUCUGUAUCAGGCUCAUGGAAUUCAUCAUUUAGUUCUUCCUACAAGAGAUUACCUUUUUGCACCAUCAUUGGAUGGCAUUUGCCGAGCUGUAGACUUCAUUCAUGAGAAUGCAUCAUGUGGACAAAGCACUUAUGUCCAUUGUAAGGCUGGGCGGGGUCGCAGCACAACUAUAGUUAUAUGUUAUCUGGUUAAGUUUAAGCAGAUGACGCCUGAUGUUGCCUAUAAUUAUGUGAAGUCAAUACGGCCCAGGGUACACUUGGCCUCCUCCCAGUGGCAGGCUGUUCAGGAAUUUCACUAUCUGCAGGUCAGGACGACCUGUGCCUCAAGCCUUCUGACAGAUCUGGUUUUGAAAAGCUCCAAGUUGUUUUCUAGCCGAGAUCUUUUAGCAUUUGAUGAUGGUUCUGCAGUCAUAAUUACCAAUUCUGAUCUUGCUGGAUAUGAUCCAACUCAAGGCCCUGUUGCUGUAAGAAAUGAGAUUUGGGCAGACGUGAAUUUCAUCUAUAGAGUUAAAGUGGCUGGUGCGAUAGCUUUGACAAAACUUUCUUGCUUGUGGCUUCGAUGUCACACUCAACAGAAAGUUUUAGGCGAGGAGUUGACAGGGGAGAGCAGCUGCUUAACUGGAGCAGAACAAUUGGGAGACAUUACUGUGGACAUCCACGUCUACUCUUCAUAGAUUCAUCAAAAUUUGUACAUAUUUUUCAAUCGUAUAUAAUACAUGUAUAACUCUAUUUCUUUAGUUCAUUCUGGGCUGUGUUUUGCUCUGAAUGGCUGUUAAUAUUCAACGGUUGCGAUAAUGUAAGUUUGUAUAUUCGAGGCAUUGUUAAAAUCUCAAACUGUCUCUCUCUUGAUAAA